UCAACGAUAUCACAGCAAUCACAAUUGAACUUCUUUAACUACACUGAAAAUACAACAAAUACUGAAUUUCCUCAAAAUGCGCCUAAAGUAGUAAACAUUCGAACCUAUGACGAUGGAACAACUUUA